UUGCAAUCAGCAUGGCUCGGGCACUGGAGUGGUUCCUGCAUAUUCGCCUGAAAUGGGGGAUGAUCUUGCGUUUUAUACAAGGGUGACACUUGACCAUAUUAUGAAUGAGCUAUGCAAACAAUCCGAAUGCUUUAAGUCUAUUAAUCAAAACAGAAGUUCUGAAGACCCAGCCAUAAAUUCGCUUGAAGAAUGUACGCUAGAACUAGGUCGCCUUAGAAAACUAUUAACCCAACAAACGGAUUCUUGUCAGGCCGUCAAAAAUGAAAAAAACGAAACCACGUAUUCAGUAGAGAAAUACAAUCAAGAGAUAGAACAAUUAAAUGAUCUUCUAAAACAAAAAGAUGAGCAAUUGGAAGUACUAAUUGAGGAAAAUGACUGUCUGUGCGUGGCAGCUGAAAUAAGCAAAAAUAAGCUCGAUGAUUUGGAUUAUCAAGUUCAGAAACUAGACGAAGAAACUAGACACAUGGAGCAAGGCAUUGUUGAGAGCAUUGGACUUAUUCAAGACAUCGGUGAUGUAUCGCAUGAAAACGAGUUGCUAAAAGGGAAAAAAAGCCAACUAGAAGAUGGCGAGGCCCGUCAACUUAUUAAUGACCUUUCCAAACAAUUGGAAGAUUGCAGGGAGCAAUCACGCCUAAUUAGGGAAAUUAAUGAGGAAAUGGGGAAGACUUUGCAGAAGUUAGGAAUAAAUCCAAAAGAAAUUGAAAACAAAAUAAAACUAAUAGAAAGUUCAAAGCAAGAACUCUUCGAUAAGGAUCUCUCUGGAAUGGAACCACCUCAACAACUUAAAGAACCUUUUGGCUCAAUAAAAGAAUCAGACAAAGAUUUAGAAAAAACACUUCUUCCUCCUUCGGGAUUUAGUGGCGUAUACGAAGCACAAAACAAUGAUAUCAAAGAACCGAAAACUAAUUCAUUGGAAGUGUCUACUGAUUGGCCAAAUAAAGGAGCCGGACUUGAAACAGACCGCGAAGCCAAAAAUAGUCCUCCAUCCGGUACAGCGAAUGGUGUAGCAAUUGAGGGUGAAAAGUUAAAUGCUGUAGUAGCUGAAUCCCAAAGAAACUUUUUGAAGAACAGGGAAGAGGAACAGGUGUAGAACUAGGGAAAGGACCAGGGGCAAAUAGUGGAUCAAUUCGUAGUCUGCUUAAAACAAAUGAUUCAAUGGCAAAGAAC